AUGGCAGCUCGGACCAGUCAGAGGGCCUUGGCAAGGGUGGCAACGGGGUGCCGUCCGAAGUCCACCACGGUGACUGAAGCCCCGGCGCGGGGGUCUACGCGCAACGUCAGAUACUUAGCUCCCUGUGGUAUACUGAUGAACAAAACCCUUCCACCACGUGCCUCAGUUUUGCCAAAAGAGCUCUGUGCAAGAACCUUCUUCAGAAUCACUGCUCCAUUAGUAAAUAAACGAAAGGUGUAUUCAGAGAGAAGAAUUAUAGGGUACUCAAUGCAAGAAAUGUAUGAUGUCGUAUCAGGAAUGGAGGAUUAUAAGCAUUUCGUUCCUUGGUGUAAACAAUCAGAUAUAAUAUCAAGGAGAUCCGGAUAUUGUAAAACCCGAUUAGAAAUUGGGUUUCCACCUGUUUUGGAACGAUACAGAUCAAUAGUAACCUUGGUAAAACCGCAUUUGGUAAAGGCAUCUUGUACUGAUGGGAAACUUUUCAAUCAUUUGGAGACUAUUUGGUGUUUUAGCCCAGGUCUUCCUGGCUAUCCAAGAACUUGUACCUUGGAUUUUUCAAUUUCUUUUGAAUUCCGCUCCCUUCUGCACUCUCAGCUCGCUACAUUGUUCUUCAAUGAAGUUGUGAAACAAAUGGUAGCGGCCUUUGAAAGAAGAGCAUGUAAACUCUAUGGUCCAGAGACAAACAUACCUCAGGAAUUAAUGCUUCAUGAAAUUCACCACACCUAGAAGG